UGUCGUAUCAAACACGGGAAACAGUGAGGUAAAUACGGGGAAAAUAAUCCUUAUAUAUUUACACAGUAUGUACCGGUAAAUUGAAAAAUCAAACAAACCCUAGAAAAAAAAGAAAAAAGAAAAAAGAGCUGCAGCUAGGAAGGGAGGAGAGAAAUGGCUGUAGCAGCUCCGGGGCAGCUGAAUCUCGACGAAUCGCCCUCGUGGGGAUCUCGAAGCGUCGAUUGUUUUGAGAAAUUGGAGCAGAUUGGGGAAGGAACUUACGGUCAGGUAUAUAUGGCUAGGGAAAUCAGGACAGGGGAAAUUGUGGCUUUGAAAAAGAUACGAAUGGACAACGAAAGGGAAGGGUUUCCAAUAACUGCCAUACGUGAAAUUAAAAUCCUAAAGAAGCUGCAUCAUGAAAAUGUAAUUCAGUUGAAAGAGAUCGUAACUUCUCCAGGUCCCGAAAAAGAUGAGCAUGGGAGGCCAGAUGGUAACAAGUACAAAGGCAGCAUCUACAUGGUUUUCGAAUACAUGGACCAUGAUUUGACAGGUCUUGCAGAUCGACCUGGAAUGCGGUUUACAGUUCCGCAGAUCAAGUGCUAUAUGAGGCAGCUGUUGACAGGCCUUCACUACUGCCAUGUCAAUCAAGUACUUCAUCGAGAUAUCAAAGGUUCUAAUCUUUUAAUUGAUAAUGAGGGAAAUUUAAAGCUUGCAGAUUUUGGCCUUGCACGCUCAUUCUCCAAUGACCACAAUGCAAAUCUUACAAAUCGUGUUAUCACUCUGUGGUAUAGACCUCCAGAAUUGCUGCUAGGAACCACAAAGUAUGGUCCAGCUGUUGACAUGUGGUCUGUUGGUUGUAUUUUUGCGGAGCUUCUGCAUGGGAAGCCAAUCUUGCCUGGAAAAAAUGAGCCGGAGCAACUGAAUAAAAUUUUUGAGCUGUGUGGAGCUCCUGAUGAGGUUAACUGGCCUGGGGUUUCCAAGAUUCCCUGGUACAACAAUUUCAAGCCAACAAGGCCAAUGAAGAGACGUGUCAGGGAGGUUUACAAACACUUUGACCGUCAUGCUUUGGAGUUACUGGAGAGGAUGCUAACUCUUGAUCCAUCUCAGAGAAUAUGUGCCAAGGAUGCGCUCGAUGCAGAGUAUUUCUGGACUGACCCUUUACCCUGCGAUCCCAAGAGCUUGCCCAAAUACGAAUCCUCACAUGAGUUCCAGACAAAGAAAAAGCGUCAACAACAGCGACAACAUGAAGAAAAUGCAAAGCGGCAGAAAUUGCAGCAUCCACAGCAGCACUCGCGCCUCCCUCCUGUCCAACAGACUGGACAAGCGCAUCCUCAGCUCAGGCCAGGGCCCAACCAGCCCAUCCACAAUGUGCAGCCUCCGAUGGUCGCUGGGCCGAGCCACCACUACGGAAAGCCCCGAGGGCCUUCUGGGGGGGCAAACAGAUACCCGCAGGGCGGAAACCCAAGUGGGGGUUACAACCCAAACCGUGGGGGUCAAGGUGGUGGUUACAGUGGUGGGCCAUAUCCACCACAAGGGCGUGGGCCUCCGUAUGCUAACAGUGGGAUGCCUGGUACGGGUCCUAGAGGUGGCGGCAGCAGUUAUGGAGUUGGUGCUCCAAAUUAUCCCCAAGCAGGUCCGUAUGGUGGGCCACCAGGAGCUGGACGAGGCACGAACAUGAUGGGUGGUAAUCGCAAUCCACAAUACGGUUGGCAGCAGUGACUGGUAAUAUUUGGGCGGAUGAGGAGAUGUCACAAUUGCUCUUCGUGCCACCACGACAGAGAAACCUCAAAGCUGCUACGGAUGGGCAUAUGUACUCACGUUGAUAUCUUAUUUUGGAAAUAUCAGCAUUCAUGGGUCAUCAUUCAUCGUCGUGGUCAUCAUCACUGUUUUCAUCAUGGUAUAGGGGUCUCUGGGAUGAGCUUAGUGUGAGUUCUGUAUUAUUGACUCUGCAAACUAAGAGGGAAUGUAUUGAAUAUGAACUUUGUUAGUGGGGCCCACGGUUGCGUCCGAGCCAUUGAUCUGA